AUGCCGGGCUCACGCUGGGAAGCUGAAGCGAACAAGAACUCAUGGAGAGGUGGUGAAGGGAGUGGGAGCGUUAUCGACAGCAGUGAUUUCGGAAAGGGCCACAAUCCCCAGAAUACCGCCGCAUCCUUCACGUCCUCAAUUCACUCCAUUGCCGAGUCGCGCCCGCCUGCGUCGCCGGGCGGCAGUAGUAGCAGCAACAAGAAGAGUUACGAGGUGGGAGAGUAUGAGGAGGGUGAUGCGACCAGCAGCAUGGGCGACAUCGACCCCUCCUCUGGCCAUAUGCCGCUCUUCUUAGAUAGCACUGGUGUGGACUACUUUGUUCAAGCUGCAUCAUUCUCAGAGCCACUGCAGGGGCAGUCAUCUACAUCUGGUUUUCUAGGUUCAGGCUUUGGUGAUGAUCACCAGCGAAGCACUGCGCAUGAAUUUGGUUUGGGUUUGCCCGCCGAAGAGAAGUCGCCUCCAACAGUGGCGCCGGUGGUGUUGAAGAAUAACUUCUCGCGGCAUACUAAUGUCGAUACCAACGAUGGAGUAGCAGAAGCAACAACUGUGGCCGCGGAUUCCUCUUCAGUGGGGAGAGGAUUGCCGGAUCUCUCACGAAUUCGUAUCACUGCAUUCACUGAAGAAACGUCCGCCCGUUUGUUGGGUGCCGACACACAACCGUUGCGCCGUUUUCGCUGUCCUUGCUGCCGGCACUCUGUCUUGCUCUCGCUCACCGAAGAAUGCGCCGAGGAAACGUAUAAUGCUGGUGAAGAGGAAGACGAUGACGAAGAAAAAGAAACAGUGCCUCUUGAGCCUGAGCCCAUUUCCGAUGCAGGAGGUGUCGGCAGUGGUACCACCACGGUGAUGCGAUUCAACGGUGAUUCGGUCAUGCAUCGCAUCUUGCAGCUGCGCAGCACGCCCUCUACGCGUCGGCAGCUGCAGCUACAGCAUCGACGACCUUCAGCAGUAGUGCUUCACCAGCAUCUUAACACCGGGUCUCAGGGAAGGGAGAUAACAACGACUGCUGUUCCACAGUCUGAGCGGCUCUACCAUUACUACCACCACCCUCACCAAGAGCAACAUAGAGGGGAGCAUAGACAGGGGGGAAGUUCUAAUGAGAACGGGGACUCCUCGCUCUUUCCGUUGCUACCGACUUUCAGUCCGACCUCAUUUGUGCGUGCAUAUGUUGGUGAAGGCAACUACCCAUGGGAGGCGACACUGCACAAUCGGCCGGCGCUUAUUGUGGCUUUCUGCGUGGCGGUGAUGAGCUUUCUGGUUGUGCAGUUCUUGCAGCACCACGUCCUGGAUACACGUGACCAUCUCGGCCUCUUCGUAGUGGGCACAUAUCUCAUACUGUCGAGCUACUACUUGGCGUACUACUUCCUCGAGCGGUACGCGGCCUCAUUCCGCCGUAUCUCACAGGACAAAAAGUUUUACACGAUUGCCAACCUCAUCAAAGCGGGUAUUCUUGUGUCUCUUGUACCCUUCGCCACGCUGCACCUCAGCCGUAUCAUUCUCUUUGACGUGUGGGACACCAACACCCUGCGAAACCUCGGCUGUAUCUACACCGUCCCCGACUUUGUCUCGAUGAUCGUGGUGAAGAGGAUGAGCUGGUCAACAUGGAUGCAUCACCUCUGUGUGUUGCUCUUCAAUUUCUUUAGCACAACAAAUGAUUAUGCGCAGGAGAAUAUAUGUCGCUGUGUUGUCGUCUAUGCGGCCUUUUCAACCUUUGCGUAUUGUGUCAACGUGUUGCUUGCAUCUCGGUUCCUUGGAGUUCCACCCAACACUGCACGCGUACUGUCCUGCAUUGCAGUAGUCGUGUACAUAUUUUGUUGCGCGACGAACUGGACAUGGCAGGUGUACUACCUACGUAAACUGCUUCGUGACGGACACGACCAUUGGACUGUGUAUGCCUACAUGUUUCUAAUAUGCCUCGUUAUGUAUGACGAUAUCACGCUAAACAAGUGGUUACUUCACAAUGCGAAAAGUACAGCGUUUGCUGCUGCGCAACACCAGCAGCAUCAGCGCUGGCAGCAGGAACAACGACAUCAUCAGCAGCAGCAGCAGCAACAACAGUAA